GACCAGAGAAGCACUUGGAAAGGCUUCCCUAUGUGCAGACGCAGAAUUCUUGAAAUCGAGUUGAUUGGAGAACUCACGCAUCUGCACUAGGAGGAGGUGUUGUAGGUCACAGUGUGGGGCUGAAGUUCAGAUAUCCCGGAAAACUUUCUGAGACAGGACUGCAAUAUGGGAUGCUGGAGAGGACUGACCUGUCUCUUGCUGCCUGUGUGGGCAGGGAUGGGUUCGGUGGCUUUGGGGGUCGGCCCCCACGCGAAGGGGAGAGACGCUCCGGAAAGACUGCAGCAUCGGGUGCAACAUGGACCUUGUGCCUACACUUUCCUGCUGCCAGAAAUUGGGGGCUGUGACUCCCCAGCAUCGGAGUACCAGGUUUCGAACUCACUCCAGAGGGAUGCUGCAUCCCUAGCCGAGGCCACGUGGCCUGUCAAAAAGUUUCAGCAGCUGGAAAACAUCAUGGAGAACAAUACCCAAUGGCUGCAGAAGCUGGAGAGCUACAUCCAGGAGAACGCCAGGAUGGAAAUGUCCGACAGCCAUUUCAGUGCUGUACAUAACCACACAGCAACCAUGUUGGAAAUUGGCACCAGCCUUUUGAACCAAACCGCUGAGCACGCCCGCAAGCUUACUGAUGUAGAGAUGCAGGUCCUCAACCAGACCUCGCGGCUGGAAAUCCAAGUAUUGGAAAACUCCCUGUCUACCAACAAGCUUGAGAAACAGCUGCUGUUGCAGACCCAUGAGAUCAACAAACUCCAAGAGAGGAACAGCUUCCUAGAGAAAAAGAUCCUGGCUAUGGAAGGGAAACGGGAGGAAGAACUUCACAACCUCAGGUCUGAGAAGCUGGAAAUGCAGAGGCUGCUCUCCAAGCAGAUGGACCUUGUGGUCCAUCUGGAGCAACGUCUGGGCACAGCCCUGCUCAACAACACAGCCCUGCAGAGACAGCAGACCUCGCUGGCAGAGACGGUGAAGCACCUGAUAGGCUUGGCGGCCCAGUGCAACCAAAUUUCUCUCGGGCCCCCAGAAGAUCAAAAGACAUUCAAGGACUGUGCGGCUGCGUACAAAUCAGGUUUCUCCACCAGCGGAGUCUAUACCCUGUGGUUUCCUAACACGACAUCCACCGCGAAAGUGCUUUGCGACAUGGAGACCAAUGGAGGAGGCUGGACUGUACUCCAGCACCGGAAGGAUGGUUCUGUGGAUUUCCAGCGCACCUGGAAGGAAUAUAAAGAGGGUUUUGGGUCCCCGCCUGGAGAAUAUUGGCUGGGCAACAACUUUAUCCACUUGAUCACCAAACAAAGUCCCUACUCCCUCUAUAUCAAGCUCCAAGAUUGGGAAAACAACGAGGCCUAUGCCACCUAUGAGCACUUCCAAGUAGGCCCUGAGGAGCAAAACUACCGACUUUAUGUGAGGAGCUACAGCGGCACAGCCGGGCGCACAAGCAGCCUCAGUCCCUCAGGGACGGACUUCAGCACCAAAGAUAUCGACAACGACCGCUGCGCGUGCAAGUGUGCGCAGAUGGCUGGUGGAGGGUGGUGGUUUGACGCUUGUGGGCCCUCCAACUUGAAUGGCAUUUAUUACCCGCCCAGCCCUGCCAUGAUCAGAUACAACGGCAUGAAGUGGCAUUACUGGAAGGGACCCAGCCACACUCUCAAGGCAACCACCAUGAUGAUCCGCCCUGUGGAUUUCAGAGAGGAGAAAGGCAGCGCGCCGUGAGCGGCCAUGUGGCUGAGAUGGACGGAUUGGGUGGGAGGGACGAGCAAGUUCAACCGAAACCCCAACGCAGCGCUGUGGCUCCCUUCAAACUUCUUUCAAGCUCAGUGGAGGAUGGUGAACAGCUCAUCGGUGGACUGGGACUAGGGCUGGCUGGACCCGUCCGUCUUUGUUCUUGCCGAGAUGGUUGGAUUUUUGAGGUCAAGCAUGUUCUGCCCUGUUUCUGCAGAAGUUUGUGAUUUAAGAACAGAAAGAAAUAUGUACAGAAAUCCAUACUUUUGUGUGCAUUUUUGCUGAAAUGUACCUUUAAAAAAAAAAAAGAUCCCCCCAAGUAUUUUCCAUUGCUGUAAUGCAGCUUUGUGCAUACUUUUCUGAAAUACAUGCAUUUGGUGUUCAUUGCUCCCUAAUAUUCAAAUCUUUGUGCACAUUUUUCCCUGAUGAACUGCAUCACCAAGUGCGGAUUCAGGGAUGCAACUGUGUCUCAACUUGUAUAUUGGGAGGUGCAAAUUUGCUAAGUUUCGAUUAAAACCUCAACAAAUUUCUUACUAAAUUAAGACAGCACUGUGGUGUAUGUUGGUAACCACAGGGGGGAAGUAGUCAUAGGAGAAGCACGAUGUACCACACCAUGCAAAUCUAGAUCAUGAAGUUUUAAUAUAUGGAUAAUUGUCUGGGAAAGUAGAGAUAAACUUGAAAUGUAUUAGGAAAUAAUGUUUUAACUUCUGCCUUCUCCAAGUCAAUUAUGAGAACCAAGGUUUCACCAUCACCAUUGCAGCAAAAAUUUGAACAGGUUCCAACCCCAAGGCAACUUUUUUUUUAGAUAACCCCACCCUUUCAGAACUGUAAAUAUUUCUAGUUGGGGGGGGGGGAUCCAUUCCAGAGAUAGAAGCAAGAGAGAGCUUCUGGGUAUAUAGGUAGAUAAUUGCAGCUAUGGCAGGAGAUAAUACACACAUUUUGACCUAUGCUUUUAAUCCUUUUUUUUUUUCCAGUCCCUCUUACACAUCUGUAGCAGAGGACCACUUGUUGAGAAUUCUCUCAUUCUCCACAUUCUUAGAUUAUCACCUUGUCUCCCAGUGCCUGGUAUGAAAUCAAAUGUUAGUGAUGAAGGUGGAAGCUGAUUUGUCCCACUAAAUAAAGCUAAGUUUAUCUCUGUU